AUGGUAAUGAUGCGCUACGUGCUGUGUAUCCUCGCUCUCCUGCUCUCAUGUGCGUGUGUGCACGUCCUCGCUGAAGAAGUGCCUGCCGCCGAUCUUUCCGACCAAGUCCCUGAUACGGAGAGUGAGACAAAGAUUUGCCUUGAUGGUACUCCUGGGUGCCCUCAUGGUCCUGGUGGUUCUGCUGUAGUUCCUGCACCUGCCGCUCCUCCUUCAACUCCUGCUGCUCAGUGCACUCCAGGUACUUGGAACAGUUCAUGUCAUAAUACAAGUAAUAAGAAUGUCUUUACAACUCUCUUUGGUGAAGACGCUCUUAAAUCUCCCUCAGACUCUCCUGAUAAGGGAUCUCCAACGUGUAAAAAACGCGUUGAGCCUGCAACACACAAUUCGGAUGAGCACCAAAGAACGGUUACACUGGCACAGGAUGGUGGUGGUGCAGGAGAACCAACACUCUCUACAAAUAAAGAAACAUCUUUACAAAGAGGACAAAAUCAGGAGAAGGAUAAGGAUAAAGAAAAAAAACAAGCUGACGUUCUUCUCUCCGCCCAAGAAGUAAAAGGGUCCGUAAGUCCACAGCAAGAGGUUGCACCAGAAGGUCCUGUCAGUGCUCAUAACGGUGCAGGACGGAAUGCAGAAAGCACCUCAACAACACGAAGACAAACUCAGGGAUCUAGUCCACCCACAAAAGGUGAUGCAGCACCACAUGGUGAUCAUGGAACACCGAGCAACACAUCUGAUGAAACUGAAACCGGUGAACAGAAACCUAACCAGCCAUCUUCUCCAACAGCGGAGAGUGCUGCACCAAUUGAUGGUAAUUCCGUUGACCAUUCUACCGCAACUCCAGGUACGACUGCAAUAUCAGGCUCAGAAGAGGCAAAUACUACUACUCCGCCGAUCACCGAGAACACUACCACAGAAGCACCAACUACCACUCAAUCUCGUGACUCUAAUCUUACCACGCAAUCUACUGCAACUGAUGAUGUAGCUACAGUACCAAACUCACCAGAAACCAAUUCCACUACUCUGCCGAGCCCCGAGAGCACUGUCAGUGAAGAAUCAACCACAACUCCAUCUCCAGUACCAAACGCAGAGAUCAGCACUAUUGCCUCCACCGUACAGACGAAGGCUAAUGUUGACAGCAGUGUCGGUCCUGUGUGGAUGCGCACUGCAGCACCGCUACUGAUUAUGGCUGUGUUGUUCUCCGUUACCGUGUACUGA